AUGGAGCUACCACUUCCACUAUAUACGGGCUUUUUUCCACAAAUGGUAUUGACGGUCGAGGAACUUAUGCAUUACCGACGAUUAGGCAAAGAACGCGUGCUCCAAUUGGUCCGUAUCAUUGACGACGCCGAUUGUGUCUACCGCUGGACGGAUAUAAAGGCACACAAUGGACGAUGUGUCCAGAAGGCACAAUUUAUAGAUAUUGAACCAGUUACGAAGCAAUUGGCAUCGAAAGAACCAUCGACUUUAUUAAAGUGCAGUAUUCAUAUUGUGGAUGUACAAGCAGACGAAAUUCUGCAAGCAAUUGCAAAAGUUAAGACACGAGAUGCUCGACGAGCAAUGAGUUAUUUACAUGGAGAGGAGGUGCUUGAUACACAGACGUUAUUGACAUUUCCAACGGCGUCCAAUCAUACAAAACCAAGUUAUUCCUAUCGUGCAAUUAAGUGGAGUCUACUUAAAGCAAGACAAAGGGAAGGACACAAGAUGAAGAAUCUUGACUUUUGUUAUCUUGAAUAUGCAGGCAAAAGUAAAGCUCAAGACACUGCAAGUAGUGUCGUGGGCUUUUGUAUACAAGAAUCUAUUGCUACAGCUCGGCAAGUACCAACACUUGAGAGAUACAAUAUUUUACGAGGACACCUGGUCCGAUCGGGGAUUGUGAUUACGAAGACACAUCAGUCAAAUAUCUUGAAGGUUACUGCAAUUGCACAGAUUGAUGGUGCAAUGGCAUCUAUUGCAGCAAGACUGACAAUGGAGGAGAUCAUGGUGGACUUUGUGGCAGCAGUACAUCGUGUCAAAGGAUUGCUCGAACGACAACGGAUGGGCAGGUUGCAAUACUUGGAUGAAUGGGACUUUGUCUCUACGAAAGAUCGCAAGGCCUGUGCAGUUUGUCUCCGUGGGUUCUAUUUCCAUCGCAAACAUCAUUGUACGACGUGUGGAGAGGUCGUGUGCUCAAAUUGUGCCCCGUUGCGAGAGCUUGAAGAGCCGCUGGAUGAACUAACGCAUUGUAUGCGGGUCUGUUCGGUCUGUAUGGCUCAAGCAGGUAGUCGUCAUGAUAGCAACACAGUGUCUGGAAUUACGGGGAGCGAGGAUGAUAGGCUCGAAACGACAACAUAUACGACGAAUGUUGGGACAGAAACCUAUGUAGGAGGUCUGCGUUAUCCGAAGCACCGAGAAAUGCAGAGAGAGGACAUCGAUGAAUCGUUGCGUAAAUCGUCGCCAAAACAAGCUUUAGUGCGUUCGCCACUUCCGCUAUUCCAGCAGCAACAUCAUCCUUUGUCCGGCCACAGUGACGCCCAGAUGAAUGAUUUUGAGGAUGCUAGGAAUACACAGUACCCGCGAGAGGUGUCCGAAUCAGCACGACGGGAGCAACAGUCAAGUGUACUACGUCAUUUGACAUUUUCUUCUUCGACAAUGUCGGCUCAAGCUAAAAAGGAGGCGCUUAAUAAGCUCGUGAAACAUGUUCGCCAAAUUCGUGACACGAUCAAUAUAGCCAUUUCAGAGGCGGAGGAAGAGGAAGAACGCCACAGUUUGCUUCUCGAAAGCGGUCAUGGAGAACCGGAUGCUGGUGCAGAGCAGCACGAUGGGAUCUUUGACCGCAUUAUGAAAAUUCGCGAUACACUUGACGUAUCUAGCUCCGAUUUUGACGCUGUGCUUGAGUCUAUCAGCCAUAACGACACUGUGUGCCCAUCCGACGCACAUUCAGAUCGGCUGGAUAGUGACUUAGCCUUUAGCUUUGGCGAGGAAACAGGCAGCGAGCACACGAGCGCCAUAGAGAGUGAAAGUACUGAAUUUGGCUCGUCACGCUCGUCCUUGUUGUCGGCAUCUCUGCACUCAUUGGAUCAUCAAGAUGCUGGUGAACCAUUGCCAUUACCGACCCCAGAGCAAGAAAGUGCCGUUGAAGAAGCGCGUGCACUAGAGGAAGCAAUGCAGUGGGUUCGUCAGUCAGAACCUACCACAACUUUACGACCACCUCGUCCAGCUCCAUUAGUAGUCGUGCGUACCAAGAUUGACGAUGAGACUGAUCCGGAGCCGUUCGCAAAAUCAGCACCGGCACCUACUCCGAUUGUUAAUGUAAGUAAAAAUCGUGGGAUCGAGCGGCUUGCGCAUAAGAUCGGACGCCUUCAUCAACGUCUCGAGGCCACGCAGUGUAAGUCUGAGGCAACCAGCAGUGAUCCGAUGUCCGUUGUAGCUAGUCCUGUUACGCCAACUCCUCUGGAUGUGACCGCUGUCAAUGAUGAGGGAGAUAGAAACGAAGAUGACGAACCUGAACCUGAAGAGCAACCUACACCAUAUCGAUCCACAGCGAUUCCGGCUUUGCAACAGUCUCGAGGGCCCGCUACGAUAGAUUUUCGGAAAGAGAAGCAAGUGGAAAUAGCAAAUGAAGAAGUUCCGUCUUCUUCGUCGACUACAUGGAAAAAGCCGAGCCCCCAGAGAGUGUGGCUAUCUGAUCCAUCUCGUGCUUCUUCUGACCUCAUAGCAGGUUUACGUGGUGUCAUGAACUCGAGUGAGCUUACACAUGCGCCUCCGCGUCGACGUCCUGUGGCGUCACCACUCGAAACACCAUCCAAUAGCCCGUCUUUGACUACGGCUCCUUCACGCAAUUCUUUCCCCGUGACAUCGAGGAGGACACUACCUUCAGCGGCAAUCCCAUCGUUUAGCUCUACUCGACCAACUGCGAGGGCAUCUUCAGCAUUGACGCCCGCCCAUGGCACCACAAUUUACGUGUUUGAUCCCGAGGAUCGAUUUCAAAAGGUACAGAGACGAAGUCUUGGUCACCGGCCUCCUAAAUCUACCAACGCAAUGACAGCGAGACUCGAUGAUCUUCCGGCCAGUAACGAAGACGACGAACACGAGCACAGUGGAACUGGCAUUUGCUUAUCACGUCCAAACGAAGAAACAGGACAAGCGCGGAACUCGACAGCUGCAAAUUCACUUUCGCCUGCUUUAGCGUUGAGAACCGAUCGUCGAGUAAGAGUUCGCGAUGAGAGUGGCGAGUUGCGCGAGUUGAUGGAGAGUCUGGCAAAAGCACCUUUACGCCAGCGCUGCUCGAGCGGACAGUCUAGUGGCGCCCCUCUUACUGAGAACUUUGACUUGUAA